AGUGAAAGGACAGUUAGAAGGAAACCAGGGACCAGGUUUUUUUGGUGUUUUUUUUACGGCGAAGACUGAAAAGAAAGUAUUAUUGAAUGUCUCAAAUGAGAGAUACGGAUUACAAACUGCAUGUUGGCAUGGAUACAAAGUCGCAGUUUCAGCGUGGUCUUUGCAACAUCACUUCACACCAUCCUAACCAGCUUAACCCAUUUCUGAACAGCAACUCAUCUACUCGGCAGUCUCAAGUAUUAUAUCCUCGUCAAGCAUCAGAUGCUAUUUUAUAUGCAUCGUUGGUAGCUCUCUUCUACGCUGCCAUAAUCCUCAUCGUGGUGGGCAGCAACUGCCACAGAUUUCGGAAGCAGCAUUCUUCCUCAGAACGUGGAGCCAGACGGACAGCGAAACAUCUACUCACUAUGACCGAUACAAAACUGAACAUUUUCCAUAUCGUCUUGAAAAGGCACAGGUCACCAACCAGCUCAGAUCCCCAAAUAGCAAUCGUCUGACGAAAGAAUAGAAUGCUGUCGCAUUUUAGUCAUCAUGUUCAGAGUUUCACCUGUAGGUUUCAUGCGAAACUUGUCAUCGUAAUUCAUGGAAUGAUAUUAUAUUCAUGCAUUGAUUGUAUGUAAUCGGAUUCAAUCAUAUCAUACGGAAACCAUGAAUCGUUUUUCAGUAUCAUGUGAUGUACAUGAUUUCUUGAUAUCCAAUACUAAAAAGAUAUGAAUAAAAUAUUUACUUUUUGGAUUUGCCCUUAA